AUGACGAAAAUAACAGAUGCAGCAACGAGACAGGCAGUUCAAAGUGCCUAUGACGCCGUUAGAGCAACUGUUGUGGAAAGUCAAGAAAAAGAGUUACAACAGACCAAAACAGACCUAGUAAAUGCUUUCUUAAGAACGAAAAGUCAGGUAGGACAUUAUGCUGCAGAUGGAACAUAUGUGCCAGCUGGUGGAACUUAUAUACCAGCUGGUGGAACUUAUAUACUAGCUAGUGGAACUUAUAUACCACCAAACCCUCCAAGAGAAGCACCUGCACCAGGACUACCUAAAACAUUUACAUCGUCACAUGAACACAGACACAGGCAUGCACCAAAACCAACACAACAACCAACACAACAACCAACAGUUCAAAACACUGCACCACAACCAACAGUUCAAAACACUGCACCACAACCAACAGUUCAAAACACUGCACCACAACCAACAGUUCAAAACCCUGCACAACAACAACCACAAACAGAGCAAGGACAUAAAAGAAGUAGAGAACAAGGAAACCAAGAAUUCUUAAAAAUGCUUCAGGAAGACUAUGGUUACCCAGAUACUCUUGACUUUAGUGACAGAUAUAAAGAAGCUAUUAGAAAGUUCAAGGAAGGAAAUACUGACCCGAACCUAUUUAGCUUUAUGGCUCAGCACCAAAUGGGAUAUAAUUUCAAACCUGGAAAAUACAAGCUCGCUAAGGGAUAUGAUUUAAUAGCAUAUCAUCCAAAUGACAUGACUGAAUUUACUCCGAGAUAUUUGGUGUCAGAGCUAAAUGAUAAUUCAACUCUCUUCAUGAAACGCGUAAAAAAUAGAGACGGAACGAAAGAAGAAAGGUUUAUGAGUCCGGAUGACUUAGAUAGGGAACUUUUUAAAAACGGUCUCGGAAUAUAUGAAAUGCCAGCAGAUGAGGUACAAGAAACUCCACAGGAAGAAGUUCAGAUACAACCAGACAUGGAAGAAAUAGUUCAGCAACAACAGCUAGAAGAGCCUGAAGGAAACGAACAAGUUCCUCCUUUGGAAACUAACUUCACAGAACUAGAUGAAGAUUUGGAACAGCCGAAAAAUCUUGACCCUCAACAAGUGUAUGCGGGGAAUAUGGAAUCUUUCCAAGAGUCUAAGAAAAAUUCGGCUGACAUAGUAGAAGAAUAUCGAAAAAUGUUCGCCGACAUACAAAAGACUCCAACAUCAGAUGAAAAUAUUCAGCAUAGAAUGGAAGAACUGAAAGAAAGUGUACGCAAAUACAACAAUCCUUUUUACUUACGACCAUAUAACGUUCAAUCUUUGGCUGAACUCGGUGAAAAUAAAAGG